CAGACAGAGAGCAGGGCGAACGGAGGAGGCGGCAGGUGUGCUCCCUGACAGCAUCUGACACACAGCACCUUCGCUGGAAAUGGCUGAAGGUGUGUGUGACGCUAAACCUUUGGUGUUCCGUCUUCAUGAGGGAGCACCUGAGCUUGUGCGGCAGGUGCUUCUGGAGAGAGGCUGGGAGGAGUUUGAAGAACAGCAGCAGGAUGAGGGAGACUGGAACCUUUACUGGCGUGCCUCUGCCUUCCGCAGAUCCGACUAUGAGAACAUCAUGCCCUGGCAGAGGCUCAAUCACCACCCCAAAACAGUUGGCAUUACCCGCAAAGACUGGCUGGCACGGAAUUUGAGGAGGAUGAGGGGCACAUUUGGCCCAGCACUUUACAAUUUCAGUCCGACAGCUUUCAAUCUCCCUAAUGACUACGUACGUUUUUUAGAGGAGUUCUCAAAGCAUCGUUUGGCAAAUGGUGGUAAGGGCGCUUACUGGAUCUGCAAACCAGUGGAUCUAUCACGAGGGAGAGGCAUUUUCAUUUUUGAAGAUAUUAAAGACUUAGCUUAUGACUGCCCUGUCAUUGUACAAAGAUACAUCAGUAAUCCACUUUUGAUUUCGGGCUAUAAAUUUGACCUUCGGAUAUAUGUUUGUGUGAAGAGCUUUAGUCCUCUAACUAUCUAUAUAUAUCAGGAAGGCUUGGUUCGUUUUGCAACGGAGAAAUUCAACCUGAGUACUCUAAACAACCUCUACUCUCAUCUGACCAACACCAGCAUUAACAAAUUCGGUCCUUUCUAUUCAACCGAUAAAGAACACAUAGGCCAAGGUUGUAAGUGGACACUCAGCAAAUUCCGCUGCUUUUUACGGAAUAUGGGCAUUAAUGAACUGCUGUUCUGGCAAAAGAUCAACAAUAUCGUAACUCUCACUCUUCUUACCAUAGCCCCGUCCAUUCCUUCAAGUCCCAACUGUGUAGAGCUGUUUGGGUUUGAUAUCCUGAUUGAUGAAAACUUAAAACCAUGGUUGCUGGAAGUCAACUACAGCCCUGCUCUCUCGCUGGACUGCUCUGCUGAUGUAACCGUAAAAAAAGGCCUCAUCAAUGACCUCAUUGACCUUUUAAACUACAAGGAAAAUGAUAGCCUUCGACAGAGGGGAUACCUGAGACAAAAGUAUAGGACACCUUGCUAUUUAGGGAGUCAAAUUCUGCAGGCCAAAACACCUGUGGUACUCCUGCUCCCAAAGUCCCUCUGUGAACCAUCUUGCAGAGAGAAGUGUCAGAGUCAGUCUUGCUUGUGCAGCAGAGGAGGCUCUCCAGGGGAGUCCUGUGGUACAGUGCAGCAGUCACAACACAAUUCAACUGAGAACUUGAACUGUGCCCUACGCUUAACCCUGGGAUCGAGUUUGACACCAGCAACAAGUUAUUGCCGUAGGAAGACACGCUCCCUUCGUUCACAGAAGCCAAAGCCUCUUGACUGUUCAAAGGCAUUGGAUUUGGAAUCUGAGAGUGAGGACGGAUCGUGCUCGACAACGACAACUCCUGAUAUGAUGAAGGAAAACUCAAAGAAAAAGGCAGGCAGUUCUGUGAAGUUACCAUCAAUACAUGGACAUAAGUACAAGUCAACUGUGUUUCCCUGGGAUAACAAAAUUCAAAACACUGUGCCCCCAUGCCGUAUGGGUGAUUUCAUUCUGACAUUUCCCUUUAACGAGGUAACUCUGAAAGCCUCUCAGAAGAAGCUCAACAUCAAGAUGGCCAUACAGGAAGUUUACAAACUCACCAGUCAGCUCUUGUCUUCCUGUGGUCAUAAAGGAAAACGAAGGAAAGAGGAGAGCAACAGUACCUUAGGAGGAGAGGACAAGCUUGAGUCACUAUUCUGGGGACCAAGGAACCCUCUAUCUCUGAACGACUGCUUCUUCAGAACUUGACUAAUCUGUCAUGUUUUGAAUGAUACUGUGCUCCAUUUAACUGCUUGGGAAAAAGACACCAUAACGAGACCAACUGUAACUCUUUAAAUGAGCAAUAAAUAACCCACAGCUUGA